AUGUUGAUCCUUGUUUGCAGUACUUCUUGUAAAUAUCAGUCUGUGUCUGUCAGAAGGAUACUUGACACUGCAGAUGCUUUAAAUACUAUUUUGUUAUCUGCUUCUGAUGAUGUAUCUGAAAAUCUCAAAUAUUGCUUCCAAAAAUGUACAGUAGAUGCCUCUGCUAAUGUAAAGAAAUUUGUAUCCGAAUCUGAAAAAAUAUUUAUUGGAGCCUUUUUAAAAUCACAUGAGGGCAGUGAUAAAACCUUGGCUGAAAGAAGAUAUAAACUGGCUUCUCGGUAUUAUUAUAUCAUGCUUGAUGCAUUACUAAAAAAGGAAUCUGAGAGUCUGGAACCAUCAGAAUUUUCUUCAUUUCUACAGAAUGAUGUUUUUCAUAAAACAUUGUUAGCUUGCUGCUUAGAAGUAACACUUAUGUCAUGUGGAUCUGUAGGGUCUGUAAACUUUACUCCUGUUCAUGGAGGUGAUUCACAAGUUCAAGGAAUUGUUUUCCCUUGGAUCUUACAAGUUUUUAAUUUAGAAGCUUUUCAUUUUUUCAAAAUUAUUGAAAGUUUUAUAAGAGGUGCUCCAACUAUCACACCUGAGAUUGUUAAGCAUUUAAAAGAAACUGAAGACAAAAUUCUUGAAUCUCUUGCUUGGCAAACUGGUUCUUCUGUAUUUGGAGGUUUAUCAGGAACUGGGUGCUCUCCAUCAUGUAGAGCAAAAUAUGCAUCCCCAGGGCAAACUUCUAGUUUUUGGUCCCCAAACAAGGAUCCAUCUCAGAAUUUUUCUACUACUCCUCAUACAUGCCAUGCAGUUAAUAUAUUUCUAAAUAAAGUAAGCCGUUUAGCAUAUCAACGAUUUGAAAAUCUAUGUGAAAUGCUACAAAUUUUAAAGGAAACAAAAGCAAAUAUCUGGACUUGCAUAGAACAUGUGAUAUAUAAGAAAAGUCAUUUGCUGAGGGGUAGGCAUAUAGAUCAAAUAAUUAUGUGCUGCAUUUUUGCUAUUUGCAAAGUAAUGGAACAAGAAGUUCGUUUCAAAACUAUAGUCAGUUGUUAUGGCCAGCUUUCUCAUUCGUCUGUUUCUGUAUAUAAACAAGUUUUAAGUGAAGGAGAAAAGAAGUUUAUCACAGUAUUUUAUAAUAAAGAGUUUAAUUCAGAAAUGAAGGAUUACAUUAUUAGUCAUUUCUGGAAUAAAAGCAAGACUGAAUCAUCUACUUUAAACACUGAACAAUCACCCUUUGCCUUAUCUCCAGCAUACAGCAUUCUUGGCAAGAAGAAUAUAUUUGUGACUCCAAUGCAGAAAACCUCUUUUAAAAAUGCAAAGGAAAUCAUUUAUCAAAGAUUGCCGUCAUAUUCUUUUGGUUCUCUUACUCAAUGCAUAGGCAUAAGUGAAAGUAACAUCCUUUUAUCUCAGCAUGUGGAAAAACAAUGGCAGAAGUGUUCAUACAUGCCUUUUCAGAAUCGUCUAAAACUUUGUCGGGAGACAAAUCCGGAAUCUCCAAAAAUGUUGCAGAAUAUAAAUGAUUCCCUAAAUGUUCUGCAACCAGCUGCAAAAAAUGUGAAUGGAAGCAAAGGCAAGAAGCGACUGCACUUUGGUGCAGCAGAGGAGUUGAACAGGAAAGUUGCUGUCAAUAGUGCAAGAAAGUUCUUAUGCUUUGAUCAGCCUGCAUGUAGUAAGUCUUCUCUUACCAAACCAAAAUCUGGUGAUCGCGAAAAGAAAAGUGAAAGGUUCAACAAGUCAACUUGAAUUUCACUUAUUGUUUGUAGUUCAAGUAAAGGAGAAGAAAAAGAGUGGUUUAUGAAAUGUGCAUGUAUGCAACAUUGUGUCAAAUCAUUUGAACUAACAAUUUUACUAAUUUAAAUAUUUCAUUUUAAUGAUCAUGGAUGCAUCAAUAAAGAGUUUUAAAUGCUAAGAACCAAAAGCUAGCUUCUUGCCAUAUAAUCAACAAAUUUCUUAUCCAAAUGAAUUCUUUUACGAGUCUUAACAUGAAAGUUGUACUAUUUUUAAAAAUAAAAAAGUUACAUAUAUAUAUAUAUGUGUGUACUUCCGUUUUAAAAUUUUGCACAUUAUUAUGAAAUAUUCCAAAAAUUAAAUCCAAGCAAUAUAUAUAGAAUACCUUGUGUAUGUAGCAUGUUGUACAUGGCAUAAUAUGUUAUCAAAAAGAUACAAAAAUUUAUUUCUAUAAAUUUUGCAUAUUAAAUUUCCUAAAAGGAAAUGUUAGAAAAAGAAGCCGGGAUAUAAAAUAAUUUAUGUGUAAUAUUUGCUACAGAGUUUUAGAAUAUGGUUGUAUUCCACUCAUUUGGAUUUCUAAAUUGGAUAUUUUACUUCUGAAUGUGCGUACGGUAGAACUGUAUGUAUCCAAAACUCCAGCUAUCCAUACUGCUUGUUCAUUCUUUAUUCUUUAAAAUUAAACCUUUUAAUUUAAGAUUGGACCCUAGGAAUAGUAUGGCCUUCUUUACCUUAUGAAAAGUGUUAUAUUUAAAUAGCAUUUUUGUAGCUAUAUUUGUAUUGUUGCUUAUUUUCCUUUUAUAACCUUCAAUUUAUUAGAACAAUAUUUAGAUAAUUUUAAAACAAGCAAUGUAUUUAAGGUGACAAAGAAUCUCAAAACCAGAUGAAAGUAACUAUCAUAUUCAAAGUGACAAAGAAUCUCAGGACCAGAUGAAAGUAACUGUCAUUCAAAAAAUUAAAAUAGUAUAGAGAGAACAUUACACUGCACAUUUUUUAAAGCUGUUCAUUUAAUAUAAAUGAAGGUGCAUGAUCUGUAUAAUGUUCAGCAAAUAUAUAGGCCAAGCAUUUGCAGAAAAGCUAUUAUUGUAUAUAAGUGCAGUAUUUGUUUACUAAUAAUUUUAUGUUUAAUUUUGAAGAGUAAACGUAAAAAGUUAAAUAUCAAAGCUAAUUUCAUUUUUUAUACUCUAAAUACAUUAUGUAUUUUAGGCAAAUAAUUGUAUUAUUUGUUUUUCCCAGGUUUUACUUAAAUAAAAAUUAUGUAAAUCUAUUAAAUAUAAUGCAAUAAGUAUAAAAUUCCCACAAUUCAAAAUUUUUUUUAAUAAAUACAUAUUUGGCUUGUAAAAGAGGGGGAGAGAAGACAACCCAUUAUCUGGAAUUCUGGAUGUCUAAAAUUGAAAUAAUGUUUCCAUUUAGUGUGAAUAUUUGGAGUUUAUAAUACUGCCUGGCCUGGAGAUAGGCUCAUCUUAACACUUAUUUGUACCAUAUUGAGUACAAACCACAACAUACUUGUAUAAUCAUGGCAUGAUUUUAAUAAAUUCAGUCUUCAUUAUUUUACCAGAGCUAUAUUAAGAAGUCAGAUUUUUUAUGACUGAAGCAAGAAUUGAAACACUACUUACAUCCUUCUGUAGUUCAUCUGACAUAGUCUCAAUGGGACUGAAGUUAAAACUUGGUAACGACUAUCCCUUGUGUGAAUGUUUUGUUCUCACUGAACUCCUCUUUUAUGAUUCAAGCUCUAUGAUUUAUUGUGUUGAAAUACAUCAUUGUCUUUAAGGGAUGAAAUCUUUAGAUGGAAUAAGAUGAUUAUUCUAUAAAUUGAGAUACUAUGCUGACUUCAUUUUAUUUAUGCGCAUUAUUGGCUAGCCAAACAAAAAUGGCCCUAGAUCAUAAUGCUUCCUCCAGAUGUUUGUACAGCGAGUCCAGCUCUUUUGUGGAAUUUCUUUUCAGCAUUAAAUUGUUCGAAGAGCAAAUCUGGAUAUAUUGGAUUACAUAAUCUUUUCUUAUCUCUGAAGUGCAAUCUUUAUAGUACUUGGCAAUAUGGUUAUUUUCCUGCCAUUGCAAGUUUCACUAAUAAGUGCCUUUCUUUUUGUGAAAACAUCAUCAGUUACAACCAUAUGGAAACAAUUUCCAACCAUGUAUUUUUUGUAAAAAUACUGCCAUAUCUUCAAGACUUUAAAAACUGAAGAAGUCCAUGCCAGCAGUUUUGUCAAUCUCCUUGACGGAUCAUCUUGAUCUUCAUGACGGAUUUAAAAUCUUGUGCCGCUCAGAGGGUUAAUCAUUUUUUAAUUUUUAACAUCUUUUUAGGACUAUAUAUAACAUCUUCAACCAGUAGUCCUUUGAGACGAGCUGCAGGCUGAGUUAUGAUUUGAAGAUUACAUUUCACAUAAAACCAUGUAAAUUUUCCUCUUGUAUACUUUCCACAUAUAUAAGUUUUCUUCAAAUUAAUCCAUUUGUUUUUUGGCCAGGUAGUGUAUGUUGCUAGCAAUCUCUAAAUUUUAAUGUUAUUUCUAUAUUCAUGUUUUCAGAAUUAUCUUAUGAAAACUUGAUUGCUUUUCAAAAAGAAUUAAAAGCUACAGUAGAACUCCAUUUAUUCAGAUAAUUGGACUUUUUCCAAAGAAAAGAUCUGCAUACGCUUUAAUUACUGUAUGCUGAAAAUGGGAGAAAAAAACUAUUUUUAAGAAAAGGUAACACUUUUGCAUACAUCUCGUAUAGCGUGAUGUACAGUACUUACAAUUGCUGAAGUCAUUGCUUGCUGAACAUCUAGGUCAAAGUAAACUGUUUGACUGUCUUCAUCCGUUUUGGGCUAGCCAAGUCCCGCAUUCACUUGAUAAUGUGAUUUGCCUGUGGUCACACUCAGGCUGACACUUCAUCCACUUCAAUGCAGUUUCAAAGCUGGUCCUGUGUCUGCUUCAACUUGACAUUAAGGUCAUCUUCUUCUUCGACACUUUCUUCUCUCACACUUUCAAUAAAUUCAUCAUCGUUUAGAAUUUGAAACCCAGGGCUUGACGAAUCACAUACCUUCCAUUCUGCUGUAUCCUCAACACUAACUUCUGAACAUCCAGGAAUUUUCAGAAGAAUGUUUAAUUCUUCAAGUGACAUGUCAUCCUCAUCUUCUCCUGUCUCUUUCCUUUCCUUUUCUUGAGCUUCUUUUUCUCCUUUUCCUUCUUUUUUUCAGUUGAUUCUGAAAGCGGUUCACAUAACCAGCUAUUUGGAUAUUUGGAGUUCAGAUAACAGUUGUACUGUGUUUAUUAUAAGUGAGUAUUAAAAAAAAAUUAAAGUUUUCCAUGAAGAUUAUAAAAAGUUUUGUAAUUGAGAGUUAAGAAAAGAUAAUUCCAUCUUAACAAAAUUAAUUUCAGUUCAAAUAUUAAUUUUAAGCACAGCAGCAUUGAAAAUUUUAUUUCAAAAUAUUUAUCCUUCUUACUAUUAAAAUUUGCUAAAUUUAAUAUGACAUUACCCUAAAUCUACAGUUUAGUACGUAUCCUGUAUUAAUCACUAUAUAAGGAAAAAAAUUCAAAUUCUGGUAAGGUAUUUAUAAGGAACUAUAAGAUGCUACAUAUUUAUAUUUAAUUAAAGAAAAAUUUUUUAAUCUGGAACUGGGAAAAAAAUUGAUAUUUAUUGGAAUUAGAAAAUUAUUUUUCAACUUUGGUUAUCCAGUAUUUUGUUACAUAAAUACAUGGAUUUCUUAAAUUUGUUUAUACUGCAAAAAGUGACAGAAAUAAUUAUAAUUAAAAAAAUGUAAUCUAUAGCAAAUGAAAACAAAGCUUAUACGAAAAUACAUGGCAAAUUAAGUUUAUAAGUUUUCAGCAUAACUAUCAACUAUUUCGCUCUCAAGACUGAGCAUGUUUGCAUGCAUUAGCUCAGAAUCAAAUUGAAGUGUUGUUAAAAUCCUAGAUAAUAGUUUGUCAGUUUUUUAAAUAUCAUGGUGGCCUUCAAGAAAGAAGUUCACGAAUGUCAAUUAAGAAAGUGUCCUAGCAAACCAUUUCACUGGUGCAUGUCUUUGAAUCCUUAAUGGUGCAAAAAUUUCUGACUUGCAUGCUACUAAAUGUAUUCAUCUAAUCUUUCUGUUAUACAUACAGUUUAUGCUCAUCUUGCUGUCAUAUCACUUUCAACAUAUUACUACUUUAUUCAGUAUAUAUUUGCAAGAUCUUUUAUUUUUUCUCUAAUGAGAAUUUUAAUUUACAAAUUUAUCGCUUAUAUUGUUUAUUCACUUGUUACCUGCAUUACCUUGAUAUUAAUUUUUUUAUUACUAUCUUAGCGCUGUAUACCCUAUUAUCUCUUUUUUGAUUGCUAAUAUACAAAAAUCUAUUAUAUGAUGGAAUUAUAAACUUGUAUGUAUCAGGUAAAUUAAGUUUUAUUUCCUAAAACAGAUAUGCAGCUUUAUUAUGGGCAUGUUUGCUAUUCAAAUUUACUUUUAUAUGGCAUGUGAAAAUUUUAUUUGUUGAAUAAAGAUCCAUUAAGUUAAAAA